CAGCAGUAGUGAGAGGGAGAGAUGAGCGGAGAGGAAUCACUGGUUGAAGCGGCGUUGCGGGUUCUGAACACGGCAGACCCGGUGGAGAAGGCCAGUCUCGGCGAUGACGUCGCUAACAGGUGGCUCCAAGGUCUCAUUUCCCGCCCAUAUGACCCUUCCCUAGACCUCCCUGUGCCUGACCGCCCCGCCAGGCUCACUAAUGUAAAGCUGGUGUCACCAAGUCUGAUGCCGAAGCUCGGGAAAGCUGGAAGCUUGCAGAGUAGACAGGCCAUUGUUCACAGUCUUGUUCACACUGAAAGCUGGGCUAUCGACUUGUCUUGGGAUAUAAUUGCUCGUUUUGGUAAGCAAGAGUCGAUGCCAAGAGAAUUUUUCACAGAUUUUGUUAAGGUGGCACAAGAUGAAGGCAGGCAUUUUUCCAUGCUUGCUGCGCGGCUUAAGGAGCUAGGCUCUUUCUAUGGAGCAUUACCUGCUCACGAUGGUCUCUGGGAUUCUGCCAUGGCUACCUCCAAGGAUUUGUUGGCACGCUUGGCCAUUGAACAUUGCGUUCAUGAGGCUAGGGGACUGGAUGUGAUGCCAACAACCAUCUCACGCUUCCGCAAUGGAGGUGAUAACGAGACGGCUGAUUUGUUGGAAACCGUGGUUUAUCCAGAAGAGAUAACCCACUGCGCUGCCGGAUUGAAAUGGUUCAAGUACCUUUGUUUGAGGUCAAGAAAUCCGAAUUCGGGCGAUGACCUCCUCUUGUCACAAGUUGGUGCCAAUGCUGCAGAGGAUGAUGAUGAAGAAGAAGAAGUGGUUCAGAAAUUUCAUGAUACUGUGAAGGCACAUUUCAGAGGGCCAUUGAAGCCUCCUUUUAAUGCAGCUGCCAGAAAGGCUGCAGGGUUUGGGCCUCAAUGGUAUGAACCUCUUGCAGUGAAAGAUGUCUCUGCCCAGUGAAGUAUUUCAUAUUUGAACACCAAUUCUAUUUCUUUUUGUUACGGUUUUACUACAUUGAAGAACUUCAAACAAUUUUAGAGCACCUCAUAUAUCUUAUAAUACGAGAAUAAUCUAAUCAAGUCUUAAUUAGGUCCAUUCAGUAGUAACAUUUUGUUUUUUUUGAGUGACGAAGAAAACUCGUAGUCACUACCCAUGCACGGGUAAAGGACCACAAAAAGACAAAUCAGCCUAGGUUGUCUAUUGCUGACUGACUCAAAUUAAGAAAGUCAAUAAGUCGUUUACGUUGGAAGUUGAACUUGUAACAUAUUUUUAUUUUAUUGCAUAAGGAUGUUUACUUGUUACAUAAGACUACUUUUCUCUGAUUUAUGGAAAAGCAUGCAACUGCUAUUAAAAGGUACACUUUAGGUGAAACUUGCACUGUGACUUAAUUUAGCAAAUGAUUGGCUCAAACUAAAAAUGCAAAUAAACCACACAUAAGUCUAAUUUCCAGCAGUUGUAUCUGGUGGCAGUGACUUCACAAAUUGAUUAACCACAUUGGCAGUAUUUAUAGCUGCUAGAGGUCCAAACAACCCAAUCACGUUCUCUCCCCUCUGUGCUCCGGCCAAGUCCGACAAUCCACGAAUUACUAUCACCGGAAAACCAUUCGACACGCUCGUCUGCGCAAACACCGCCACAAAUCAGUACGUUAUUCUUACGCCACAAACAACGAUGAUGUUAACAUUCAUACUUGCCUUUACAACAGCCGCGCUCUCCAUGUCAACUGAUGAAAUCCCAAAAGUUUGAAACAGGAACUCCCUGUAAGCUGCAUUGUCAAUGAAAAUGUUGGACGUUGAUCCCUUAAGCCCAACAAAAAGCUUAGGCUGCUGCGAAAGGCACACGCUGGAAUUCACGCAUCGCUCCAAUUUCACCCCCUGCAACAAAGAUCGAAGAUCGGAAUCCCUCUCUGUAAACAACUGAGGAUGAAUUGUUGAAUUAGGGUUCUGUUCAGAGAGGAGAUCAGUUUGGAGAA